UUACAGAACUCUACGUGGUUUACGUGAGGGAUUGAAUGAGAUGUAAUCGCAUUGUUGUGGAGAAAUAAGUUCGUUCCGGUAUUACAAGAUCUGAGCAGGACUUGAGAGGCAGAGGCACGACGGUACGCCUAUAAGACCCGGGAGAACGCCUGUACGCCUUACAUAACCGGUCCCAGAGGAGGAGUAUACUGGUUCGCCUUUCCGAUGCGGGGAUAUCCCGACACUCAAAGUCUGAAAUACCCGAAGUUUUAGAAAGUUGAACGGAUCUACCGUGUCAUCGACUUGUAUUGCAAAUGGAGUCUGGAACCACUGAACAGAAAAUGGAAACCCUUACUGACGUGGAACAUGGUUCUGACCAACAAGAACCACAUAUAGAGGUAGAUGGCGAUAACUCUUCUAAUAAACCAGGGCCGGAGAUACAGACUGAUGGUUCUAAGGAAUCCGAAAUGGAAAUACAGAUUGGCGCCGUCUUUUCACUGGCAGUCAACGGUGACGGUAAACAAAAUGAGACAACGGAAUCCUCCGAAUCGCGUACCUCAUUUACUGGAUCCACUGUGUCGGCCGAUGAAGGUGAUAAUUUAAACACUGACAAGUCAGAGGCAGACAGUUAUGUAACAAACGGUUUAAACAUUGAAAACAAUAGUAUGAACACUGAUCAUGAUGUUUCCGAAACUGGGGAGUCAAGCUCGAACCUCAAUAUUUUAGACAAUUCAAAUGUCAGUUCAGAAACGCCAUCCCGUUCUCUUUCGUCGAAAGUAACAGUUGAAGACUCUGAAAGUAUUGAUUCACCAACGAGUACAAAAUGUUUGAACAAAAGUAAGAAAAGAUCCAUGCUUAAACAACCAAUUCAAAGUGUCGUUGAAGACACAAAGAAAGCAAAAUAUGUUGUUAAAAAGGAGGACAUAAUUACGGUUAAAAAAUUCAGCUAUUGUUAUGUAAAGUUAUUCGAUGUUUUGAAGCAUAGCGUUAUAAAACAAGAAGUAAUGAAAAUGGACAAGAAAGCUGAGACGGACGCGGAACCGACAACACAGGAUAUAAUACAAACACAACAAACCCACACUCGGAAGAAGAAAGCAAAGAAACCUGCAAGACUCACAUUGAAAAAAAGAAAAAGGAAAACACCUAUUCAAGACCAGAAUGAUCUCAUCGAAGACGAGUCUACUCAGGAAACACCUUCAGUGGUAACACCUGUAGAGCAUGUCGAGAUCAGACCUAGCAGAAAGAGAAAAUUCAAUCAUAACCUUUUCACAGACGCUGUGGUGUUUGAUAGUCGAGGCAUUAGUAAUUUUGAGGAUCAUGUUAUUAUGAAGCUAGAAGAGGAAGAUUCCAAGAGCCGCACAGCUCCGACAUAUGGAUUCCGAGGAAGUCGGCCCCAAGUGGCUAGAACUAAAAAGAAACUUUGUCGAGUUAGAAGAGAGGACAUGCCAUUUAUUAGUGUUAAACUUGACACGGAACAGAUCGAAAAGAUCGACAAGUCGAAACUGAAUGUUUCAAAAGGGAGAGUUGGCAGAUCUAUCUCGUGUCUUCUGGAUAGAAGAGUUCGCUAUUAUCACAAUCUUCAAAAAAUAAGCAGUGGUAGCUUCCGUAUUUUGAAGAACAGAUCGAAGAGCAGCUACUUAAAAAAUACAGAGAAAACAAUGAGGAAAAAUAGAUUAAAGGAAAAACUUCAAGCUGCAGGCAGUUCGAAAGUCACAACAAAGGAAAACAUCGAGAAAAAUGUUUCAACAAGGAUAAAGAUAAAAAAGGAAAACACUGAAGUUCCCACGCACGGUCAGAAAAUAAUACACAAGGGCGAAGGAAAUGUUGGUACGAGCGCACGGUUGUUUUCCCAGAAACCAAAUGUAUCAAAUCCAAACUUGCUAACCCUUCCGGUAAAUGUGAAAAUGGAACAAAGCGUAACUUCAUCUCAUGACAAGAAUAAAGACAAUUUGCUCCCAGAUGAAGGUAGAGUAAGUCUUACCGGAAGAUAUAGAAAGCCAAGUAAUAAGUACAGUUCUUUCAUUACCACUUUCGAUCGGAAUUGGUACUCUCCAAAAACGUCUGAGAAAACAGCAGUCAACUUAGGUGAACCGUACAUAGAAAUGGACAUUGCCGCAGACGCUGAAUCAAUAGUUCGACAACAACAACUAGGUAAAGUGUACAAAGUGUCCACUAGUGACGAGAAUAGUGGUUCUGUUGAGAUGAAGAAUCAGGCACACAUGCCUGAUGCUAACGUAUCAGUAUCGCCGGCGACCUCCACAACAGUUGUCGAAAGUUUGGUACCGUCCAUGCCAAAGAAAGUCGAGUCGAAUACCUUACCAAUGCCAAAUGUCAUCAGAAAAAUACUACCAAAGGAUAUUGUGAAACCCAUGAAAAGGAAUCCGACGUUGCCAAUGAAACAAUCGUCCAUGGCCACAGGUUGUGCAAAUUCAAGUCUUUUCAAGAAUACUGUCAAUGAACUUGCUAAAGUACAAAAUACUAAGAAAUUUUUCCAGUUGCGCGUCGGUGACAAAAUGGUGUUAAUACCAGCCGAUAGUGGUGAUCUUGUUCCGAAGGCAUAUGUGAUUGAUAUAGCAACUAACCCUUCACUCAUGAAGUCGCCAGCUGAAAAACGUUCGCAGAUCGCUGAAGCUUCCUCGAAACAAAGUGGUACUGGUAUUACAGAAAGUGUAAUAAGUAAGAAGAGUGAGUCGAUCGAGCGAACCUCUGCGUCAGCAAGUUCGAUUACUUAUCCAUUUCCACAAUCGUCCAAUCAGCAAGUCACUUCAAUUACAUCUGUUGGAGGUGAUAGCGGUGGUUUGAUUACUAUAGAUAACGACAACAAUUUGAACAAAUCUCUGCUCUCACCCCCAAUCUUGUCGCCUCAAAAAGAAUCAGUGAAUUUUCUUUCAAUUAAUUCUUCGAGCAAUCCACCUGUGUUAAGCCCGAAAGGACCAUCUUACCCGACACUGGGAUGUGAUGAUGCAAAACCGCCAGUUCUUCAUCAGGAAUUUGUCUCUCGUGAAAGUGAAAACCCAAAUCCAACCCAUAUGAAAAGCAUUCUACCUAAGCUUAUGAACGGCUCAGAAUCUUCUUGUUUACCAGUAUUUACUGAUGGUCAUUCACCUCCACGUAUCGUCGUCAGUAGUACAGGGACCGACACUUUAAUCGUGAAGAAAGAGCCUGCACAUUUAAGAAACUUUGAAGCUGAUGUAAGAACAAAAGAUACUUUAUCAAUAAAAGCAGAAAUUACAAACUCAUUAGACUCGCAAUCACACGAUUUUAAUUUUGACAAGAAAAGCAUUAACGUCACUCUCAAUGGCCCCCUUUCAGAGACAAAAUGUGAAAACAAAGGAAGUGAAAGUGAAAACUCAUUGACAAAAGCUGUAUCAAAUGAAGGGAGUGACUUACAUCAUGAGAUGAGAUGUUGUACCACACAUUCUUCAUCAGACGGUACUAGUCAUUCGGAAUUGCUGCCGUCAAAGGAAGACCAAAAACAUUGCCCUACUGAAAAAUCUCCAGAUCAGAAUACAAUCAAUUCUAAUUUUGACUCGACAAUUGCUGCAAUCGAUGACAUCAAAGUUGAUUCUCAGUCUGAAGGUGUUUCCUGCCAUCGCGAACCAAAAGAUGGAGGUCGUAACCGAGACAUCUUCGGAAUCGAAACAGUGACGCACGUUCCAGCAAAUGAAACUAUGGUUCAGGAAAGAAUAAGAAAACUCCGGGAAAGGCUACGGGAGAAGCAAGCAGAUUUGGACAAUGUCCGUAAAACAUUUCGAAUCAAGAAAGAGAUUAACGAAGAAGAGAAUUAAAUGAAAAGACAGAGAGAGAAACAGUAAUAUAUAUUUUGCCAACGUCCCAUAUAUCAUUUUUGUGUACAUCGUUUAGAUGUCAAUGUAAAGCCGAUAUUUCUGUAUAAUAGCAUUUUUACUUGAUGAAAGAUACUUGUAUCAGUGUUGAAAAUUGAUUGAACGUAAUUUGCGAGCCUGGUACUAAAACGGUACUGUAUCAUUACCUGUACGUCGCAUUUGUUGGUCUGGAUAUGAAAGUCUGAUGAUGGCAGCCAAUGAGAUCGAUUAACAGCAAGAUUAGCAAAGGUCACGAUGAAAGAUUGAUUCUCAUGAUGCUAAUCAGAGAAAAAAUAUCUUAACACCGUCGACCGUUUUAAUGAGCGGCAUUCAUUUGUGCGAAUGUAUGAACGGUUACUAAGCAUAUUUUAUGAACGUGUUUUACGAAUGCUAAGGCAACGUAUUUGAAAAGACGAUAAUUCACUGAAUAUGAUAAACAGGUACUGAUGUGCAUCGUCCAUUUCUUCAGUAGACGUGAGGAAACGUUAUUCCCAAUAUAUGUCAAUUUUUGAUGUUUUAUUUGUCAUUGUUAUUGUCAUAUUUAGGAUGUUCUGUUAUUGAUGUUUAACAGUGACGUGUCGAACACUGGGUUAAACUUUUAAAAAGUAGAUAUUUGGGUGUACAUGUGUAAACGUUUCGGCUUGAUAUAAAUCUAAUCAGCAAGUACUAAUUGUUAAGCUAUAGAUUAAAUAUAUUUUGCAUGAUAAAGUAUCACACUAGAAUUAUAGCACUUCAUGCAAUAUUUCUGGAGCCAAAAUUUAAGAAUUUCCACUGUCAAAGUAAGCGUAGUUUUGUAAAUGUUUUUGAAUUUUCAAAGCAUUUUAUUUCCUCGUUAUAUCAUGUUUGGUGACACCUCUCGUGUCGUCAAAUGUGUAUUUUGCGUUAGUUGUAGAUGUGAUAGAUAUUAUAAAAAUGUAUGUCAUGGUCUGUUAAUAUCAGUUCGUAUCGAAACCUAUUUUUGUAGUAUGACUAUUAUAACUAUUUUCAGUGUUGCAUUCUUAUAGGUAACUAAAUAAAUUGGAGGUCAGUUAUGAAAGCAAUUUUAGGAAUUAUAAGAAGUGAGAGCAAAUUUUAUACGGUUACUGACUAGCUUUUCAGAUUAGUUACUGCAAAAUUGCUGUAUUUGAAAUGAACUAUUCAAAUUCUUUGAAUCGAUCCAAUAGUCUACCAAUUUGAUACACGUAUUGCAAUAAGCUGGGAACAUUUGUUUAGUAUACUUAGAUCAGUCAGUAUUAAGGCUACUGGGGUUCUUUUGAAUACUUGAAUGCUACAAUGACGACCCCCUAUCGAUAACUUGCAAUGUAUAUACUUUUUUAAAACUGAAGUUGGGAAAAUGAGCAAUAAUGCAUUUUGUUAAAGUGAAUGCCCAUGGUCAUUUUCUAGGUCACAGGGGUCACGUAUGUAAAGAUUGUUAAAUAACUUUCAAUAAUCAAAAGGCCUAGGGUACUGAUAUUAAGCCUGUGAUUAGAGAUGACCAAUUUUGUUUAUAUGAUUAACCUGCUAAAAUCUUCAAUCCCUUCUUUAAAAUAGAAACUGGCCAAGACUGUUUAUAUUUAUUUUUAAACAUAAUUGGUUAUUUGAUGAAAGGUUACCAAAUUUAUCAUAAUGAUGACCUUGACCUAUUCCAAGGUCUCUCGAAUGAGUGUGUAAGGAAUAGUUUACAUAUUUUUUUUAUGAACCAACAAUGUCUUCCUUGUAAG